AGGGAAACUAGUACACUACCGGGUCAACAUUGUACCCAACAUUCACUGAAGUUUACCGUGUUAACAUCUACCUGGACGUUGUUGAUAAGCUACCACAACCUCAACUCCAAGGGAGACACACAAGAUGGCGACAACGCCGUCAGCGCCGACACAGGUUAUUCUGACCUGUGUCCUAAUGCUGCUGACAUGUAUACAACUAACAACACAGCAAGUCAGUUUUUACAACACUUGCCAAGAUGCAUCAGCUGUGGGAACUUUGAGCGUGUCUAUAAAGGAAUCAGAUACUCAGGCAUCGAUUGAUGCUUCACCAACAGAAUACAGAGCUGGACUCAGCUUGGCAGGCAAUACAAAUAGUAUUGGGCUUCAGUUUGAUGCCAAUGCUGCUGCUAAGCUUCCUCCUGGGGAGUACUUUGAUCUGGAGUCUGGCGUCCGAAGUGGCAGCUUAACUGGAAGGGAAUGGUUCCUGAGACUCAAGAAGCCCAUUAACAGAGAUGGUGAUCGUCCAGAUACACUUGAUGACAAUACUGUGUUUGAGUAUACCCUCGAGUGUACAGACCUCACCAUAAACACUGCUUUUUUCAUCUUGCUGAGGGUUCAGAUUUUGGAUGUCAACGACAACAGUCCAGUGUUCAAAAAUGCUCCCUAUGCUGUCUCUGUCAAUGAGCUUACUCCAAUUGGUACAACAGUGUUUCGAGAUGUUACAGCCACAGACUUGGACUUCGAUUUCAACAAGAACAUUGUGUUUGAUAUUCUUCCUAGUGCAGGAUCAGAUAAAUUUGCUAUUGAUAUCCCAUCCUUGGGAUAUGUGACAGUCAAAAAUACUCUGGAUUUCGAGGUCAUGAACGCAGCUGGAAACACGAACUACGUCCUGUCAAUCAGAGCAAGGGAUUCUGCUGUACCACCAGAGGUUCAAAGAAGCAGUACAGCCACCCUGAACAUCACAAUAACAGAUGGAGAUGACCAGAAGCCCAUCUUUGAAUAUCCAACAUGUUACACUGAUACUGCAAAUAAAUGUUUCAACCCAUCCUACUCAGCAUCCAUCGUAUCGGGACAGUCGCUUGGCGAGGUUUCUGUAUUUCCAAUUCCUGCUUCCAACCCCAAUGUUGCCAUCAACAUCCAGGCCAGGGAUCAGGACACUCUCAGCAGCCCCAUUACCUUCACAGUGGAACUGACUGAACCUCGUGGAUAUGAGAAUAGAUUUCAAGUGACAAGUGAGCAAAUCCCAGGUACCAGCACCUACAGAGCACGGCUUCAGUUGGUAGCAGCCAUUGACAGAAGUCAAGUUAGAGAUCUGAAAGUCAUCAUUCGGGCACGAGAAUCCUCUGCCAAUGCGCGAUACAACCGUGCUGUUGUGUAUCUGACUGUGACCCAAGCAAACAAUAACCCACCCUCUGUGUCAACAUCCAUCGGCUCUCCGAUUGGGUACAUCCGAGAAGAUGCUCUGGCCCGAGCUUUUGUCAAAGACCAGCCGCUUCAAAAUCCUCUAAAGCUUGUAGUUACAGAUGCAGAUAUUGCUGCUGGAGACACCCCCCAGAGGUAUACAUAUGAAGUUACACCGUCAAGUCCAUUCUUUGUGGAUAACGAUGGUUUCCUCCGAGUAACAGCUGGAAACUUGGAUUAUGAGUCUGUGCAACAGUACACAUUUAAUGUGAUUGUGCGGGAGCAGGACACCACACAGCAGCGCUCAGGAAGCAUCAGCCUGACAGUCAAUGUUGUGGACAUCAAUGACAACACUCCUUUCUUUGUUGGAAUCCCGUACAGUAGAUCUUUACCUGAAGGGGACUACACACAAGGAGCUGGAGAAUUUAUUGCCCAGGUACAAUCCCAGGACCGUGACUCAGUGGACACAAGUAUUACGUAUGAGAUUCAGAGCGUCUCUAGCGGAGGUGCUGGCAAGUUUACGAUAAGUAGUACCAAUGGACAGUUGCUUCUUCGGGCCGUGGUUGGAAUUGGUGAGGAGUACACGAUCAUUGUCAAUGCUACUGACAGCACCGUACCAAAAAGGAGUGCCUCAGUACCUGUCUAUGUCACAGUAACAUCCUCUGGCAACAAAGACCCCGAGAUUCCAGCAGGACUGUACACAGUCUAUGUCAGUGAAGGCAUUGAUGCUAACAGGGAUAUCUUCACUAUACCGGCUACAGAUCCAGAUAAUCAGCCUCUUACAUUUUCCAUUAUUAAUGGAAAUAAUGGCAAUACAUUCUCUAUAAACAAUGACGGCAUUGUGAGCAACCGUGUGACAUUUAAUCGAGAGACAGUACCAGAGUACAACCUCACCAUCACUGCUGCGGAUCUCGGAUCUUCUCCAGCAUCCACUGUGUUGAGAGUCAUUGUCACUGAUGUCAACGACAACUCCCCAGUCUUCCUCAACAGUAUCAAUAAUAGAUACUUCUUCAAUGUCCAGGAGGCUCAGACACCCCCUGCUACAGUGGGAAAUGUUGCUGCUGUGGAUGGUGACCAGAGUGGUACACCCCAGGCGACUGUCAUAUAUGACAUGGUUGGACAAAAUUCAUUCUUCCGUAUUGAUGGUCAGACUGGUGCUAUUACCACACUUGUUCCUCUGGACUUUGAGACCCAGAAACAGCAUGAGUUCACAGUGAGGGCCAGUGACUCUGGGGCUUCACCCAGGGCAAAUGUAGCAACAGUUGUUGUCAGUGUCAUUGAUACACAGGACAGCAUACCACUGUUUGUUAACGUUGACUAUGAAGGAUCGAUACAAGAAAACCUCAACGGAACAUCUGUCCUCACAGUUUCGGCAAUUGAUGCAGACCAGACAGACAACAUUGUCUACCAGUUUGCUGGCGGAGAGUUCCAAUCAUUUUCCAUCAACCCAUCAACUGGUGUUAUCAGUACUGUCAUACCACUAGACUACGAAACUAAGAACCUGUACACUUUGACCGUGACAACAUCUGAUGGGGUGAACACAAACACUUUGUCAUCCACUGCCACUGUCACCAUCAGUGUUAUUGACCAAAAUGACUUUACCCCAGUGCUAAGAACCACCAAUGGUGUUGACGCUAUCACAGUAUUGGAGAAUCUAGCUAUCAGUGAACAGCUGGUAGACAUUGAUGCAGCGGACAAUGACCCACCGAACACCCCUAACAGCCGUGUGAUGUUCAGUAUCGGCAGUGUGGUACCCACCUCUGGCAGACCACUGUUCUUUAUCAACCCCACCACAGGACAACUUGUGUUGAGCAACCCAUUCACUGAUGACCCUGGUGUACCUAGAUAUACGGUCACCGUCGUAGGCACCAAUGAAGGAACUCCACAACGAGCUGGAGUUAUCACUAUAACAGUAACGGUGAUCAGGAACACGGCGCCUGUCUUCAACCCCACUACUCUCCAGGCUAAUAUUGAUGAGAACAGCAUCACUCAGGUCGUUCCCGUCAUCACAGCCACUGCCACUGAUACUGACACUGCUACCCCCUUCAAUGUGCUGACCUACACACUGCGUGGUGAUGGACCUGCUACUGAGUAUUUCCAAGUCAACUCUGCCAGUGGAGAAAUUCAAACCCGAGCCUUACUAUCGUCAACUGCUGACAGAUCAUUCACUCUUCGUAUUCGAACAACCGAUGGCGGUGGACUGUAUGCUGACUUGCAGAUUGAUCUUACUGUCAACAAGAACCUCAAUGCACCCAGUCUGAAUCAACAGAACUAUACUGAGACCAUCUUUGAGAAUCGUGCUUUGGGAUCUGCCAUUGUUACUAUCAGGGCUACUGAUGCUGACAGACAGCCCCCUCACAAUCAGCUGUCUUACAGUAUAACGGGAGAUGCCACUGCUCAGCAGUUCUUUGCUGUCAACAGUCGGGGUGAGAUCUACCUUAUUAGAUCUCCUGCAGAAAACCAAGCUAUCAGCGCAUUUAAUAUGAUCGUGGAAGUCCGUGACCAAGGCCUUCCAAUCAACAGGCCAGCAAAUCCCAACCCAGCCUAUGUCAUCAUCAAUGUGAUACGCAAUGCCAACCCACCCGUCUUUUUCACUGGAGAAUACAACCGGGUCAUUCCAGAGAACACUACAAUAGGCCAGUCUAUUGAAAGAGUAGUCGCUACAGAUACUGAUACGCAGGGAAACUUUGGUACACUGAGAUACAGCAUUAUUGGCGAUGGGACUGCUGAUGACAUCUUCCAAAUAAACGAGAACAGUGGCAUUGUUUCAGUGAAAACAAGCCUGACAACCACACCCAUCAACGACUUCACAGUCCGUAUUGUGGCACAAGAUGGCGGAUCCCCUCCACGGUCUGCCACAGCACUGCUGUAUGUAACAGUUACAAGAAACUUUGCACGGCCACUUUGGAGUUCUGCAACGUAUGCGACCAGCAUCCCAGAGACAGCCCAAGUGCUUGAGAAUAUCCUGCGUGUCACAGCCACAGAUAGCGAUGCUCAGCCCCCCAACAAUGAAGUGUCCUAUGAGCUUGUAGGAGAUGCCAUUCAACUGUAUUACUUUGAGAUUGUCAGUUCCACUGGCGAUAUCCGCCCCAGGCGUCCGCUCACACUGGAUACAUCCAAAAGAAGUCGGUUUGAUUUUGUUGUGAACGCUCGAGAUAAUGGCAGCCCACGUCUCAGUGCUGCAUUCAAUGCCACUGUGACAAUAUCAGUGUACAGAAACAACAAUUCCCCUCGGUUCAUCCAGGAUCCCUACUCCAUUACAGUAAAUCAGGGCCUAGGCAGCGGCACGGUGAUCUCUGUCAGGGCAGUUGAUGAUGACCCUACUACUGAAUUCAACCAGAUCACAUAUUCCAUUAAGGGUCCAGCAAACGUUCUAGCUCUGUUUACAAUCGAUGGGUCAGGCAAUAUUCAGCCAACAAACCCUGCAGCUAUCAACAGUGCCUCCCAGACAAGUUAUAAGAUUUAUGUGCGAGUCGAGGACAAUGGCAGUCCCAAACUGUAUGACAUUGCCCUUGUUGAGCUCACCAUCAACCGGAAUCUGAACCCGCCAAUCUUCAACCCAGUCAGCUAUGAAGAGACCAUUCUGGAGACAAGGGCAAUUGGAGACGUUGUUGUCAGAGUGACAGCUACCGAUGUUGAUAACCAAAACCCAAACAAUGAGAUUACAUUUUCUGCCUUUGGAUCCGGCCUGGCCUUUUUCAAUGUCAACAGCCAGACAGGAGAAGUAACAGUUGUCAAUAACCUUGUCCAGGAUUCUACCACAAGAUAUCAGCUGACAAUCCAAGCUCAAGAUAAAGGUGCCAGCCCUCUGUCGUCAGCCCAGCCUGCAUCUGUCACUAUCAACGUUGUGAGGAACCAGGCCUCCCCAGUGUUUGCACAGACUCCUUACGACACCACUGUGUUGCGAACAGCAGGAGCCAACACACCAGUUGUCACUGUAACUGCUACUGAUGCCGACACAAGGAGUCCCUACAAUGAAGUCACAUAUGGUAUUGCCAGCAUGACUAUCAACAGAUUCCAAAUCAACCCAUCAACAGGGGAGAUAACUCUCACACAAGCUAUUGCCUCAGAUUCUCAGGCUCAAUAUGGGGUAACAGUUUUCGCACAAGAUGGAGGAAACCCAAGGCGUGUGACCUACAACACAUUUACAGUGGGAGUUGAUCGUAACCUAAAUGCACCAUUCCUUAUAAAUCCCUCUGGACCAAACUUUGAAAAUUCCACCACAGUACUGGAAACUAUUGGAUUUGAUUACCUUAUCUAUGAUGUGGAUGCCUUUGAUGCAGAUUUAUCGGACCCAUACAAGUCUCUACGCUUCUCCAUCAUUGGAGAAAAUACUGCUCCAACCUACUUCCUGAUAAACCGCGACAGUGGUGAGAUCCGUCUCAAGUCCUCUCUGCUUCAGGACACCCUCCAGACUCUCCAGUACAGACUGGUUAUAGCUGUAACAGAUGGUGGCGAUCCACCUAGGCCUGCCCCUACCACUGCCACCAUUACAGUUAAUGUCAUUCGCAAUCUGAAUACUCCACGCUGGGUCAAUGAGCCUUACAGUGCCACGAUUGAUGAGACAAUUGGUGCAAAUGUCAACAUUGUCAAUGUCCUGGCAGUUGAUGAUGACACGAAUGCAUUCAACCGUGUGAGCUAUGCAAUCAUCGGAGACGGCACUGCAUCAGCAUUCUUCGACGUGACGCCAGGAGGUACUAUCAUCAGAAAGCAGUCACUGCAAAGUGUUUCUGACACUCGGUUCUAUUUGAGAGUUGUUGCCUCUGACAAUGGUGUUCCUCCUAAGACCAACACAACUGUGGUGUCAAUCAUCAUCAAUCGCAACCUGAACACACCUACCUUCUCUCAGCUGGUGUUCACAACAGAGAUUGAUGAAACUACAGAAGUAGGCACGGCAGUUCUGAGGAUCUCGGCCACUGACCAAGAUUCCGUGGCCCCAUACAACACUGUGCUGUAUGAGAUCAACAGCCUCCUGUCCAGCCCUCUUGGACGCCUGUACUUCAUGGUGGACCCAAACACUGGCGACGUCAGCCUUAGGUGCUAUCUGGAAUCGGACACAAGUAACACUAGUGUAUACACACUGGUUGUUGAUGCAGUAGAUGGAGGUGGUAGAAAGGCAAACCUGCCUGCCAAUGUUAAAAUCACCAUGGACAGAAAGACACCGCUGCAGCCAACUAAGGACAACAAUACCAUGUCACUCAGAGCCUCUGUCUGUUGUCAGGAACCUCUACCACCGUACUGGGGUGGAAGCAGUAAGACUUAUAUCACUUGAGUACUCGGUGCCAAAGGUACUCGAGUUCCAUCAUAUAAAACAAUGAUAUUUAAACAGUCACAAUUUGCUAAAUACUUAAAUUUACAAUACGAUCUGGUUACAAUAUGUCAUAAGCGUCUUCAUCUGUCCGAGGUAGAUUUCAAUGAAGAGGAAAGUCUUCACACAUGCAAAAAAUAUUCUGUGAUUAUUUGUAUUCCUGCUGAGCACUUUACUUUGCUGAUACUUCAGUGCUACUUUUCAAUGAUCUGAUGAAAUUAAUUUUAGUAGGUUGAUAUUCUCCCUUAAGGGAACGACCAUAAAACUUGCAAAGGAAACUGAAAUCUAGAAAGUGUCAGUCCAUCAUCUAUUCACGGGGUCCGGUACAUGCCAGUGAGUGAGUUGGAUGGAAGUGUGUGUCUGUGAAUAUAUAUUUAUCACUGUGUUCAUAUUUACAUGUAUUAUUCGUAUUUGUGUUGUCAGUUGUCAAACUAUGCUUCGAUUCAUAAUUAUAUAUUGAUAUCAAUAUUAUAUUUUACAAUGGUUAACACAUAUACUUUUUCUUCAGAACAACUGUUUUGCUCAACCAUUUCCAAUGCUGUUUUUGCAGUUGACACAAACGAUGUGCAAUGGUAGAAUAUUAUUGUAUGUGUAUUCUAGUCAUUUGUGUAUUCAAUCAUCUUUUGCACUGAGGGAAUACAAUAUCGGAAUGUUAUAUGUGUAUGAGGAAGCAAGUAUCAUGCAAGGGGGGUAAUGAUUAUCCAGUAUUUAUUUAUUUAUUUAUUUAUUUAUUUAUUUAUUUAUUUAUUUAUUUAUUUGUGCAUUUGUGCAUUGCUUUUCCUGUGCAUUUGUGCAUUGCUUUUCCUGUGCAUUUAUGCAUUGCUUUUCCUGUGCAUUUAUGCAUUGCUUUUCCUGUGCAUUUAUACAUUGCUUUUCCUGUGCAUUUAUGCAUUGCUUUUCCUGUGCAUUUUGUAAUUAGGUAUUAUAACAUACACCAUAUAUGUUUAACUUGCAAAGUGACUACCGUAGGUGUUAACUAUUAAGUAAGAUGUCAGAUGAAUUAGAAACAUUGCUUGGUAAGAAAUUGCAUUAUGUUUGAUUCUCUCAUAAUGUCAUUGCUAAGAAAUAUUACCAAACAAGUUAUACUGUGGGUAUAAAACUGACCCUUUGCCGUAGCACUGUUUUUAUCAUGAUAAAUAUGAAAAGAGCUUUGUCGCUUUUAUGUAACCCUGGGCUUGUUCGUUCUCUCUUUUUUCAGGGAUCCAAUCAUAUGAUUGUCAGCGCUAUUUUGCCUUGUUUACGCCCAAUAAACCCUGUCACUCCAAACUAUCUCGCGUAGGCUGAUAUCACCAUGGCAAUCUGGAGUAGCUUUAGGACUUAAUGUUUCAUGAAUAAUCACUGUUGCUUUCUACAAUUAACUGCGUUUUACUGUUUUCUGAUAGAGCAUCCAUGUAUCAGGUAAGUCACAUCAAAUGUCACAGGUAAGCAUAAACGUGAACCAAGGAUAUGCCACACCCCGCCGAACAAUGGACAUGACGCACCCUAAUAAAAUGCCUAUGGGUAAUGGCGGCCAAGACAAAGAGUCGACCCAUGAAAGAGAUUGGUGAGCUGGAAAAUAUACAGUGGGUAACAUACUUGUAUAUGUCCCAAAGUGAUUUCUUUCGUCAGUUGAAUACCAUAAAGAAGCAUGGGUUCCUGUCGUGUAUUCACCAAGCCAGCAGUAUUGGGGCAAAUCAAACACACUUAGAACUUGUUCAAAGUUCAACCAGAUAGGAAUCUGCUGAUAGAAUGCCAAGGGGAGCCGUGCUUCUCGAUUAUAGCAGGUCAUAUCGGGGCCUUCCUCACGUUCAGCUUCAUUCAACAAAAAGGUAAAACAUGUAAGUUAUACAAUUAUAGAUAAAGAAAUAAUAACAUGAAAGUUGAUUCAUCAUCUCAAUUUGGUGUAUGGUAGUGUAUUAACGCUCGUCAUACUCAUUUGAGAACACUGUGAAACAUUACAGAUUUAUGUGCGGACCGAGGACAAUGGCAGUCCCAAACUGUAUGUCAUCGCCCUUGUUGAACUCACCAUCAACCGGAACCCGAACCGGAACCGGAACCUUCUAGAGACCAGGCCAACUGGAGACGUUGUUCUCAGAGUGACAUCUUCGGAUGCUGAUAACCAGGACCCAUGUGACCGAUCGAAAAGGAGUCGCCCUACCUGUUUCCUGACACACCUGGAGGCAUCCCCAAUAUUCAAAGUGUCCACACUCUCUCACACACGCACACACACGUAGGGCCCCCAAUAUUAAACAUGUGUAAGAAGUCGACUUAUGAGAAUCGGAUGGUUACAGAGUUUGACCUGGUUGAUUGUGUGUCAAAGUGUAUGGUUGUUCAUUACUUCAGUCACUAGUUUGCCCGACCCGUGAAGAUCCGGGUUAGAAUAAGCCUUCAGCAACCCAUGCUUGUCUUAAAAGGCGACUAAAGGGAUCGGGUGGUCAGACUCGCUGACUUGGUUGAUGCAUAUCAUCGUAUCCCAAUUGUCUUGAUUCUAUUCUUUACAGACCGCCGUCACAUAGCCAGAAUAUUGCUGAGUCGGCGUUAAAAAACAACAAACAACCAGUUUUCCUGGUACAGAUUUGUUUGUUUACAGACCGUAACUAGCUGCAAUAUAUCUGCAUUCGGCAUUAAAAACGCAUUCACUCAGAUCUUGUGUACAUCUUAUGAAUUAAUUCACAUAUUUGUAACACAAUAAACAAUUGUUGUUAAA